CUUUCCCACUCCAAUCCAAUCACGUCACCCUCCAUCUCCCCCGCCCCUCUUUCCAAGAUUCUCCCCACCAUCGCCGAGAAAGAAAAGGAGGACGAACAUCGCCGAAAAGAUCGGCGGCGAGACGAGAGAGCUAAAGGCCGGCGAAAAGGGACCCUGCAAGGGGCAGCUCGGUGCCGUGAGCGGAGCGGAGAGGCCAGUCCAUCGAUUGAUCGAUUCCAUUUCCAUAUCGCUCCCCGAGAUGGGAUUUUGAUGCUGGAUUCUUCCUGCUUUUCUAAUUUGGUUCUUCUUCUUGCGAUAUCCCUCGUGGGGUUUCCAGCUUCCACCUGAACUUUCCGUUGUUAUAGAGGCUUCGCUCGCUUCUGCCGUCCUUCCGCCUCUUCAAUCUCGCACUCCAACCUCCAGUGGUUACCUAGCUGUGUUCCUCCGAUUUCAGGGCAGCUCGCCAUUUUCGCCGGAGACUGCUGCUGCUGCUGCUGCCAUCCGACAUACUCUGUUCUUGAUUCCAGUUUCUUUUCCCGGGCGACUCUGUUGUGCAACUUGCCCAUUGACUGCACACAAAGUGGUUGUUCUUGGCAUAAUUCUGGCACCAAUGGAUGACGGGGUGGACCUCCCGAGCCAAUUCCUCUUCUUCCACCCGGAGAUGCCCGGCACCUUCGGCGACCUCCUGGGCGACGCCGCCGCCGCGACCUGCACCCACACGCACACCUGCAACCCUCCCGGCCCGUCGGCCGCCACGCACACCCACACCUGCCUGCACACCCACACCCACCAGCUCUUCGCCGCCGGCAGCGAGGACGACGACGCGGCCAGGCCCCGCCGGCCGCUGGGGAACCGGGAGGCCGUGCGCAAGUACCGGGAGAAGAAGAAGGCGCACGCCGCGUACCUGGAGGAGGAGGUCAAGAAGCUGCGCGCCGCCAACCAGCAGCUCCAGCGCAGGCUGCAGGGCCACGCCACGCUCGAGGCCGAGGUGGUGCGGCUGAGGGGCCUCCUCUUCGACGUCCGGGCCAAGAUCGACGCGGAGGCCGCCGGCGCGUUCCCGUUCCAGAAGCAGUGCAGCGUCGGCUCCGUGGCGUGCACCGACCCGACCCUCUGCUUCAACAAUGGCAACUCUGAGGUCGGUGGCGCCUGUUGGGAGGACAGCUCCGGACCGGCAGCUGCAGAUUGCAGGUUCGAUGAAGAUGGCAAUGGCGAUGGCAAUGGCGGCGCGUUGCGGGAUACCGAUGCUCCGGAACAACCGGCGCGUUCCAGGGAUGUCGUUGAGCUCUGCUUCCCUAGCUGAAUGAAUGUGCUCAGCUCAAUGAUUAUUUGGGGUUUUGUUUCGGCAGUUCUUGCAUGGGAGUUGUUUUACAUUUUUGGUGAAAAUACACUCUCAUGGAACGAAAGGGCAAUCAGUGAGUACAACUGA